UUUCCCAUCACGGCGAAGGACAAGAAUGUCAUUGUCAUUGGCGGCGGCGACACCGGUUGCGAUUGCAUUGGCACAUCCAUUCGUCAGGGUGCCAAAAACGUGGUCGCCUUCGAGAUUUUGCCCCAGCCGGCCAACGAGCGACCGGAGGACAAUCCUUGGCCGCAGUGGCCGCGCAUCUACCGCAUCGACUAUGGUCACGAGGAGGCCAAUCUGAAGUGGAACAAGGACCCGCGCAUCUACGGCAUCUCCUCGAAGGAGUUCAUCGCCGACGAGAACGGCCACGUCUCCGCCAUCACCACCGUUCGCGUCAAGUGGGAGAAAAAUGAGAAGGGCGCCUGGUACAGUGNUCACGCCGAUGAGUUUCCCAUCACGGCAAAGGACAAGAAUGUCAUUGUCAUUGGCGGCGGCGACACCGGCUGCGAUUGCAUUGGCACAUCCAUUCGUCAGGGUGCCAAAAAUGUGGUCGCCUUCGAGAUUUUGCCCCAGCCGGCCAACGAGCGACCGGAGGACAAUCCUUGGCCGCAGUGGCCGCGCAUCUACCGCAUCGACUAUGGUCACGAGGAGGCCAAUCUGAAGUGGAACAAGGACCCGCGCAUCUACGGCAUCUCCUCGAAGGAGUUCAUCGCCGACGAGAACGGCCACGUCUCCGCCAUCACCACCGUUCGCGUCAAAUGGGAGAAGAACGAGAAGGGCGCCUGGGUUAUGUCGGAGAUUCCCUUCACUGAGGAAACCUUUAAGGCUGAUCUGGUCCUCCUCGCCAUGGGCUUCCUCGGCCCUGAGUCGAGCAUCAUCGACCAGCUGAAUCUGACCAAGGACGGCCGGUCGAACAUUCUGACGAAGCCCGGUACGUACCGAACGCCCAUUGAGCGCAUCUACUCCGCCGGCGACUGUCGCCGCGGUCAGUCGCUGGUGGUGCACGCCAUCAACGAAGGUCGCCAGGCGGCUCGCGAGAUUGACGCCUACUUCGUCGGACAGCUGAACAAGCAGGAGGCGGUGAAGAUGUCCGGGCUGCCCGGCCCGGGCGGUGUCAUUCCCUUUCCGCCGCCCUAUGAGAACAGCGCCGUGGCUGUUUGA